AUGAACAACGAGUUUGACCUUGACCAUGAUUUUACCACCGAGUCUCCUCAGCAAGAGAGUCAAUGUUUAUCAUUCUCUCAUGAAAUCAUUACUCAAACUACAAAGAUAUCACAAUGCAAAGGGAACUUCAUCGUAGAGGAAGACAUGAUGCUCAUAUCUUCAUUGCUUAAUAUUAGCUUAGAUCUAAUUAGAGGAAAUGAGCAAAAGUCAAAGGCAUAUUGGUUAAGAGUGUGGGAGAACUUCAACAAGUACAAAACCUUCGAUUCUGAAAGAACUCAAACUUCUCUAAUGAAUCGGUGGUCGACGAUUCAACUUGCCACAAAUAAAUUUUGUGGAUGUUUUUCUCAAGUUGAACAGUUGAAUCGAAGUGGUUCGACUGAAAAUGACAAGAUUAGGGAUGCGAAAAAAUUGUACAAAGACUUGUAUCAUUCGAACUUUCCCUCUGAGCAUUGUUGGAAUGAGUUGAGAUCCCAACCAAAAUGGAUGGAAGAUACAACAACAAAGAAGCAAAAAAGCACAAAAAAUGCAUCUCCGACAACGUCUACCUCUUGUACACCAGAUUCAGUGACCUUAGAGAACAGUGAUAACUAUGAUGUUGUGGAAAGACCAAUAGGAAGGAAGGCCGCAAAGAAAAACAAAGCUAAAGAUCUUGAAAAUAAUGUUACAGAGUCACCUUUUUCUGAAGCUCUUAGAAGAGAUAAAGGUAAAGAAUGA